AACCUGAGCUCUAAAACCACUUCUAACAGCAAGUUUUUAUCUUCUACUGUGAGGUGGCGAAUGGGGUUUGAUGCGUUCUGCAGUGUGGACAGUUCCGACCCAUUUUGGGACUGGAACCGUACAUGGUACACUUCUAACCCAGACCUCACCCAGUGCUUCCAGAACACUGUCCUGGUGUGGCUGCCAUGCCUCUACCUCUGGCUGAGUGCUCCCAUCUACCUCAUCUACCUCCGCAGCCAUAACCAUGGCUACAUAUGUAUGAGUCACCUCAACAAAGCCAAAACUGCUGUUGGCUUUCUAUUAUGGAUUAUCUGCUGGGCAGACGUUUUCUAUUCUUUCUGGGAAAGAAGUCAUGGCAGCAGAGCACCUGCACCCGUUCACCUAGUCAGUCCAACCUUACUGGGCUUCAGCAUGUUGCUGGCCACCUUGUUAAUCCAGUACGAAAGGAUGAAAGGUGUUCAGUCAUCUGGAGUGAUGCUGAUCUACUGGCUGCUGGCUCUGGUGUGUGCCACAGUCACGUUCAGGUCCAAGAUCCUCCAGGCUCUGGACCAGCCAUCAACAGUGUGUGUGUGGAGGUACACCACCUUCUAUAUCUACUACGCUCUGCUGCUGGUUGCUCUGUUCCUGUCCUGUCUGUCAGACCAGCUGCCCCUUUUCUCCCCAGCCGUUAAAGACCCGAAUCCCUGUCCUGAGUUUGGAGCUUCUUUCCUCUCCAGAAUAACCUUCUGGUGGAUCACAAAGAUGAUGAUCGUAGGCUUCAAGCACCCCCUAGAGGAGAAGGACCUGUGGUCUCUGAACCCUGAUGACCGCUCCCAGGGAGUGGUUCCACAGCUGGUACAUCGCUGGAACACAGAGUGCCAAAAAGUCAAAAGUACAGAGCAGAAGACUUUGUACUCUCCCAAGCGGGUCCAGCGCAAUGAGGGCAAACAGGAUGGAGUUGUGGAGGAGUCCGAAAUAUUGAUUGUUAAAAAACCCCAUAAGACAAAGGAGCCCUCCCUGUUCUGGGCGCUGUGCCUGACUUUCGGGCCAUACUUCUUCAUCUCCUGCUUCUAUAAAUUCAUCCAGGACAUUCUCAUGUUCGUUGGGCCUGAGAUCCUCCGGCUGUUGAUCUCAUUUGUCAACAACUCCAGCGCCCCCUCCUGGCAGGGCUUCUUCUACACAGCUCUGCUCUUCAUAUGCACCUGUGUGCAGUCGCUCAUCCUCCAGAAGUAUUUCCACGUCUGUUUCGUCUCAGGCAUGCGUCUGCGCACCGCCAUCAUUGGAGCAGUCUACAGGAAGGCCUUGGUUAUCAGCAGCGCAGCACGCCGUACCUCCACAGUGGGAGAGAUUGUCAACCUGAUGUCAGUGGACGCUCAGCGCUUCAUGGACCUCAUCACUUACAUCAACAUGAUAUGGUCUGCUCCUCUGCAGGUGGUACUGGCCCUUUACUUUCUCUGGCAGAACCUGGGUCCGUCUGUGCUGGCUGGAGUGGCUGUGAUGGUUCUGAUGGUUCCUAUUAAUGCUGUCAUCGCCAUGAAAACCAAAACCUACCAGGUGGCUCAGAUGAAGAGUAAGGACAAUCGCAUCAAGCUGAUGAAUGAGAUGCUGAACGGCAUCAAGGUGCUGAAGCUGUACGCCUGGGAGCUGGCCUUUAAGGACAAGGUGUCAGAAAUCCGUGAGAGUGAGCUCCGGGUCCUGAAGAAGGCCGCAUACCUGGGUGCAGUGUCCACCUUCACCUGGGUCUGUGCACCUUUCCUGGUUGCUCUGUCCACUUUCACUGUGUACGUGCUCAGCGAUGAAGAGAACGUGCUGGAUGCUGAGAAGGCCUUUGUGUCUCUAGCUCUAUUCAACAUCCUUCGUUUUCCUCUCAACAUGCUGCCAAUGGUCAUCAGCAGUAUGGUGCAGGCCAGUGUGUCCCUGAAGCGUCUGAGAGUGUUUCUAUCACAUGAGGAGCUGCAGGAGGACAGUGUGGAUCAUAACAUAGUAGCAGGCUCUCCUCACAGUAUCUCCAUAGUGGAAGGAGUUUUCAGCUGGUCCAGAUCUGAAUCACCCACACUCAAGAGGCUGAAUGUGUGUAUCCCAGAAGGCUCUUUGGUGGCUGUGGUGGGACACGUGGGAUCAGGAAAGUCCUCGCUGCUCUCUGCUCUGCUCGGAGAGAUGGACAAACUUGAAGGAGCUGUGGCCGUCAAGGGUUCAGUGGCCUACGUUCCCCAGCAGGCCUGGAUCCAGAACUCCACACUGAAAGACAACAUCAUGUUCGGCCAGGAGAGGAUGGAGACCUGGUACCAGCGUGUGGUGGAGGCAUGCGCCCUUCAGCCUGACCUGGAGAUCCUUCCUGCUGGAGAUGAGACCGAGAUCGGUGAGAAGGGAGUGAAUCUGUCUGGAGGUCAGAAGCAGAGGGUGAGCCUGGCCAGGGCUGUCUACUGUGACCGUGCUGUUUAUCUGCUGGAUGACCCGCUGUCUGCUGUCGACGCUCACGUAGGAAAACACAUCUUUGAUCAAGUCAUCGGCCCACAAGGUCUGCUGAAGGACAAGACUCGUGUGCUGGUGACUCACGGGCUGAGCUACCUGCCCCAGGCCAACCUGAUCCUGGUCAUGGUGGAAGGAGAGAUCACAGAGAUGGGAUCUUACCAGCAGCUCAUGGCCACGGAGGGAGCGUUCGCCGACUUCCUGCGAACAUACGCUGCUGUCGACCACAGUGACAACGACGAAUUGGAGCCAAAGAAAGGAAGCAAAGGAAUGGAGAAUGGCAUUGUUCCUCUUUUUGAAGCUCCUGUGUCUCUCUGUAUUAUUCUAUGUCUAAGCAGCAGUGCAUCCAAACUACCCCAGACGGGUAAGGAGGCAGAGGUGCUCAACAAGAAGGUUAAGAACGCCGAGGUGGGGAAGCUAACAGAGGCUGACAAAGCCAGUACUGGACGGGUCAAGCUGUCAGUGUUCUGUGCCUAUAUGAAAGCCAUCGGAGUGCUUCUGUCCUUCAUCAGUCUGCUGCUGUUCCUCACCCAUCACCUGGUCUCCCUCUUCUCCAACUACUGGCUGAGCCUGUGGACCGACGACCCCGUAAUUAAUGGCACCCAGCCUUACAGAGAGAUGAGACUCGGCGUGUACGGUGCUCUCGGCCUGACCCAGGGUGUGGCAGUGUUUGGUUACUCUCUCUCCAUGUCCAUUGGGGGCAUCCUGGCAUCUCGCUACCUCCACCAGUCCAUGCUGUACGACGUCCUGCGCUCACCUAUGUCCUUCUUUGAGCAAACCCCCAGCGGUAAUCUGGUCAACCGCUUUGCCAAGGAGAUGGACACCAUUGACUCAUUGAUCCCCAGCAUUAUUAAAAUGUUCAUGGGCUCCAUGUUCAAUGUAGUAGGUUCGUGUGUCAUCAUCCUGAUUGCCACACCACUGGUGACCGUAAUCAUUCCUUUUCUCGGUCUGCUUUACUUUUUCGUACAGAGGUUUUAUGUAGCGUCAUCUCGUCAGCUGAAGCGUCUGGAGUCCGUCAGCCGCUCACCCAUCUACACUCACUUCAAUGAAACACUGUUGGGCACCUCAGUUAUCCGAGCCUUCGGUGAACAGGCGCGCUUCAUCCGUGAGAGUGACCAGCGGGUGGACCACAACCAGAAGGCCUACUACCCCGGCAUAGUAGCAAACAGGUGGCUGGCAGUUCGUCUGGAGUUUGUAGGAAGCUGCAUUGUGUCAUGUGCAGCUUUGUUUGCUGUCAUAGCAAGAGCGAGCCUGAGUCCAGGCAUUGUGGGGCUGUCUAUCUCCUACGCUCUCCAGCUGACUGCCUCUCUGACCUGGCUGGUGAGGAUGUCCUCUGAAGUGGAGACCAACAUAGUGGCUGUGGAGAAAGUGAAAGAGUACAGUGACACAAAGAAAGAGGCAGAGUGGAAACACGAGGCCUCCACCCUUUCCCCAGGGUGGCCCACUGAAGGCUGCAUAGACAUCAGAGGCUUUGGCCUGCGCUACCGCCACGAUCUUGACCUGGCCAUCCGCAACAUCACCAUCAAAAUUGAUGCAGGAGAAAAGGUGGGGAUUGUGGGGCGCACUGGAGCAGGGAAGUCAUCUCUAACACUGGGGCUGUUCCGGAUCAUUGAGGCAGCUGAGGGCCAGAUCUUGAUUGAUGGGGUAGACAUUGCUCAGUUGGGGCUACAUGAACUCCGCUCCAGAAUCACCAUCAUACCACAGGACCCCGUGAUGUUUUCAGGCUCUCUGAGGAUGAACUUGGAUCCCUUCAACAGCUACACUGAUGAGGAAGUAUGGAGAGCUGUGGAGUUUUCUCAUCUCAAGAGCUUUGUGUCCGGUCUGCCAGACAAACUCAACCAUGAGUGCAGUGAAGGAGGAGAGAACCUCAGUGUGGGUCAACGGCAGUUGCUGUGCCUUGCCAGAGCUCUGCUAAGGAAGACCAAGAUCCUGGUUCUAGAUGAGGCCACAGCAGCGGUGGACAUGGAGACAGACAACCUGAUCCAGUCCACCAUACGCUCCCAGUUUGAAGACAGCACCGUCCUGACUAUAGCUCAUCGCCUUAACACCAUCAUGGACUACACCAGGGUCCUGGUGUUGGACAAGGGAGAGAUAGCAGAGUUUGACUCUCCCUCCAAUCUCAUUGCUCAAAGAGGAUCCUUCUUCAAGAUGGCCAAAGACUCUGGGCUGGUGUGAAGCAGGAGGUGCCUCACUGUCCAGAUGCUCCUCAGAGGAGCCCCUCUGACCUCCUCUGACUCCCUGCUGUGGAGCUCCUGUUAAAGGAGUGAGAGGGAGAUCAAGUAGAGGAAAUGUUCAGAUUUGGAGUGUUUGACUGUUAAAAUAAAGGUGUUGGUGAGAGCAAAGGGGUUUGACCUGCUCCACCCUACACUUCCGUCCUCAUUUAACUACACAAAUGUAUGCUGCCAGUCUCUAACAACCCUGCUUUUUUUUGUUAGCCCAAAUCAUAUGUACAAUGCAGUUUCUUCCUAGCUUGUUCAUGCUAUGGAAGGGACAUGGUAAGCAGUGCUGAGGUUGAUAGAGGACAAAAGGCUGUUGUCUUAAAAGUGUCAAACUACUGCCCUGAAAAAACAUUUUUGAAAUCUCAGUGAUGAUUUGAGGAGG